ACUCGCCCUCCUCAAUGUCACAGUCUCCCUCCUUCCCCCGAAGCACCCGGGCGCCUCCCUUCCCCCGCACCCGGGUGGGGUUCCCAGGCUCCUCCCCCGAGUUGUCUUGGCGUCCCCGCGCGCCCCCCACCGCUCGGUCCGCGGCUGCCAUGGCAACCGUACGCCGCCGCCGCCGCCUCUUCACGCACGUCGGGAACUAACGGACUCCGCGGCGGCGGCUGCGGCGGCGGCCUGUGCCCCACCCCCACCCGGACCGCAUCACCCACAGCCGGCCAACCUGCGGCACCUAGUUCUCUUCAAGAAGAUGAAUUUGGCUGAGAUUUGUGACAAUGCAAAGAAAGGAAGAGAAUUUGCACUUCUUGGAAACUAUGACUCAUCAAUGGUAUAUUACCAGGGGGUGAUACAGCAGAUUCAGAGACAUUGCCAAUCAGUCAGAGACCCGGCUGUCAAAGGCAAAUGGCAACAGGUUCGGCAGGAAUUACUGGAAGAAUAUGAACAAGUUAAAAGUAUUGUCAGCACUUUGGAAAGUUUUAAAAUUGACAAGCCCCCAGAUUUCCCUGUGUCCUGUCAAGAUGAGCCAUUUAGAGACCCUGCUGUUUGGCCGCCCCCUGUACCUGCAGAACACAGAGCUCCACCUCAGAUAAGGCGUCCCAAUCGAGAAGUAAGACCUCUGAGGAAAGAAAUGCCCGGAGCGGGAGCCCGGGGACCUGUGGGCCGAGCACAUCCUAUAUCGAAGAGUGAAAAACCCUCCACCAGUAGAGACAAGGAUUAUAGAGCAAAAGGAAGAGAGGAUAAGGGAAGGAAGAAUAUGCAAGACGGUGCAAGUGAUGGUGAAAUUCCCAAAUUUGAUGGUGCGGGCUAUGAUAAGGAUCUGGUAGAAACUCUUGAGAGAGACAUCGUAUCCAGGAAUCCUAGCAUUCAUUGGGAUGACAUAGCAGAUUUGGAAGAAGCUAAGAAGUUGCUCAGGGAAGCUGUUGUUCUGCCAAUGUGGAUGCCUGACUUUUUCAAAGGGAUUAGAAGGCCGUGGAAGGGCGUACUGAUGGUUGGACCCCCCGGCACUGGGAAGACUAUGCUAGCUAAAGCUGUUGCCACCGAAUGUGGCACAACAUUCUUCAAUGUUUCCUCUUCUACAUUGACAUCUAAAUAUAGAGGUGAAUCUGAGAAGUUAGUCCGUCUGUUGUUUGAAAUGGCUAGAUUUUAUGCACCCACCACAAUCUUCAUUGAUGAGAUAGAUUCCAUCUGCAGUCGAAGAGGAACCUCUGAUGAACACGAGGCAAGUCGCAGAGUCAAGUCUGAACUACUCAUUCAGAUGGAUGGAGUUGGAGGAGCUUUAGAGAAUGAUGAUCCUUCCAAAAUGGUUAUGGUAUUGGCUGCUACUAAUUUCCCGUGGGACAUUGAUGAAGCUUUGAGAAGGAGAUUAGAAAAAAGGAUAUAUAUACCUCUCCCAACAGCAAAAGGAAGAACUGAGCUUCUGAAGAUCAAUCUUCGUGAGGUUGAACUGGAUCCUGACAUUCAGCUGGAAGAUAUAGCAGAAAAGAUUGAGGGCUAUUCUGGUGCUGAUAUAACGAAUGUUUGCAGGGAUGCCUCUUUAAUGGCAAUGAGACGGCGAAUCAAUGGCUUAGGUCCAGAAGAGAUCCGUGCACUUUCUAAAGAGGAACUUCAGAUGCCUGUUACCAAAGGAGACUUUGAAUUGGCUCUUAAGAAAAUUGCUAAGUCUGUCUCUGCUGCAGACUUGGAGAAGUAUGAAAAAUGGAUGGUUGAAUUUGGAUCUGCUUGAAUUUCUGUCAGCUCUUUCAUUUCUGGUAUUUUUACUUAUAAAAUGUGAAGAAAUUCCCUGCAGUUUUUUUUAAAAACAGGUUUAAAACUUCUCAUUGGAGAGAUUUUUCCCUUACAGGAAAAAAAACAAAAAACAAAAAACCCAAACCACCGAGAGUAUAACCGUAGUUGAGAAAUGAGAAGAGCUUACAUAGAGAGCCUGGUAGUCUCCACCACCUGGCUUUGCGCUGGUAUCCACAUGUGCACAUGUGAAUAGUGCACAUCCAAACCAAGGUGUCGGGGAGGCCGAAGGAAGCGCUCCGCGUGCUCUUGUAGAAACUUGUUUACAAAAGGUUUAGAGGGACCUCUUUUUCUCACGUGCGUCUGUUGGGUUUUUUUGCUUUGUUUUCCUCUAUUCUUUGCUCUGAACACGAGGGACCUAGAUACGUUGACUUGUAACAGCGACACUGCGUUUGUGUCAAAUUCCUCGUUCGUUGUUAAAAACGAGAGUUUGGAAUUAAAUAAUGAACUCGUUAGUUAAACCUUUAGAAUUCAACUCUUACUGUUGCCGUCUAUCAUAUGGUUGAAUUUUAACCCUUCCUCCCCCCACCAUUUCUUCUGUUAGCCAUCUCAUCAUUUCUUCAGCUUUACAUAUCCUCAUGCCUCGUGGUCUUUGAGAUGUUUUGUCAGGUGGUGUCUCUGGGCUUCAGUAUUUUUUGCUGGUACUUAACAUUUCACGUUGGAAGGAUGGGAAGAAUGUAGUGAUUGGAUCAGAUCCAUUUCUUCAUUCUAGACUUCUGGGUUUGUUUUCGCUUUUCUUUCAAUACAUUCAAAUAGAUAAGACCUUUACUUUCCUCAGCUCUAGCAAUGUUUGAUUUUUGCUGAACUUGACUUUCAUAUACUAAAUAAAUACGUGGGUGUUCGAAACAAGUCCACUCUUUUGUGGCUAAUGCAAAACAAAACAAAAAUCGUUAUAAUUAUCCAGAUAGCUUGUUUAACACAAUAACAUUGUACAUAAUGAAUGAUGUUCAUUUGAAAAUGUUAGAAUUAUUCCUUGUCUAGGUUGAGAACUUGUACACCACAGUGUACAUUAGGAUAAGAUUAGGAUAGAAAUCUGACAUGCACAUGUCACGGUCAAAAGAGGCCAGAAAGUAGAUGUGUCUAAUCACAAGUAAAAUAUCCUGGUGUUAGUUGUUUUAAAUUACAUUUAUCCCAUUUUGGUUGGGCAGCCUAUGCUUUAAUGGUGAUGCUUUUUAAAAUUUGUAUUUGAUGAGAUCUUGAAUUCUCAAUUUUGGAGAGCAGCCACUGGUUUAAAACUAAAAAUAAUAGAACUUUUUAGAUACGUAACAAAAAAACCCUCUUAGUAUCUUGCUUUAAGAGAUUUUUUUCCCCCUACUAAGAAUUGCAUAAUUUUCAGAUAACUUAAGUCUGAUUCUAAACUCCAGUAUUUUAUAGAAUGCUAUAAAUUACCCCCUGCUUCCCUGAGGUAUAGAUUAUAAGAGUUAAAAUCAUAAGGCGUCGUAAUUUUAUUUUAACUCUUUUUUAUUUAAUUCAUUUAAAAAAUUGAAAUAAGUUUUCUUUUAUUCAUGACCUUUUAAAAUAAAGAAAUAAAUGAUCACACUAAGAUAAUCUUGCAAA